AGUGUAGUAGUAAUCUGCCUGCCGCGCACUCAGCUCGCAUUUUGUGUCACGGUGCCACCGGGAGAGGGGCGACAGACUGCUGCGCGUCAGGGGACACCAGUCACCAUCCGCACGGUUCAAGCAGCGACAUCCCGCCGCGGGCAAUGACAUUGGCAGACUGAAGUUGGGAAUACACGAGAAAACGCAAAAAUGACGGUGGACUUUGAAGAAUGUAUAAAAGAUUCUCCCCGAUUCAGGGCUGGCAUUGAUGAUGUGGAGACAGAUGUGGUAGAGAUUGAGGCAAAGCUCGACAAGCUGGUGAAGCUGUGCAGUGGAAUGAUCGAGGCCGGCAGGGCAUACGUCAGCGCCAACAAGCUCUUCGUCAACGGCAUCAAGGACCUGUCCCAGCAAUGCAAGAAAGAGGAGACGAUAUCGGAAUGCCUUGAAAAGUGUGGAGAAAGCCUCCAGGAGAUCGUCAACUACCACAUGAUAUUGUUUGAUCAGGCUCAGAGGUCCAUCAAGCAGCAGCUUCACACCUUCAUUAAAGAGGAUGUGCGUAAAUUCAAGGACACCAAGAAGCAGUUUGACCGGGUGCGUGAGGACAUGGAGCUGGCCCAAGUGAAGAACGCCCAGGCACCCAGGAACAAAGUGCACGAGGCUGAAGAGGCCACACAGGCCCUCAUACUCAGCCGCAAAGCCUUCAGGCACUUGGCUUUGGACUACGUAUUACAGAUUAAUGUGCUUCAGGCCAAGAAGAAGUUUGAAAUCCUUGAUGCAAUGCUGUCCUUCAUGCGCGCCCAGUACACUCUGUUCCAGCAAGGCUUUAACAUCUUGGAUGAGAUUGACCCCUAUAUGAAAAAGCUGGCUGCACAGCUGGAUCAGCUGGUCAUCGACUCGGCCAUGGAGAAGAGGGAGCUGGAGCACAAACACGCCCUCAUCCAGCAGAGAACUCUGAUGCAGGACUUUUCAUAUGAUGACCCCAAACUGGAAUUCAAUGUGGAUGCACCCAAUGGUGUGGUCAUGGAGGGCUACCUCUUCAAGAGGGCCAGCAACGCAUUCAAGACCUGGAACAGGCGGUGGUUUUCUAUACAAAACAGCCAGCUGGUCUAUCAAAAGAAACUCAAGGACUCCUUGACAGUUGUGGUGGAGGAUCUAAGGCUGUGCUCUGUCAAACCGUGUGAAGAUAAUGAGAGGAGGUUCUGCUUCGAGGUGGUUUCACCCACUAAGAGCUGUAUGCUGCAGGCCGAGUCUGAGAAGCUGCGACAGGCUUGGAUCCAGGCAGUCCAGGCAAGCAUCGCCUCAGCUUACAAAGAUAUCGCCGACAAUUAUUACAUUGAGCGUUUGGACCGGACAGCCUCGCCCUCCACCAGCAGCAUUGACUCUGCCAGUGAGCCCAGAGAGAGGGGGGAGAGGGCUGAUAAGGGAGUUCGAGGAGGCGGGGAAAGCCUCCUCCAGAGGGUACAGAGCCUACCAGGCAAUGAGUUGUGCUGUGAUUGUGGCCAAGCAGCUCCCUGCUGGGCCUCCAUCAAUCUGGGAGUGCUGCUUUGCAUCGAGUGCUCGGGUAUUCACAGGAGUUUAGGCGUCCAUUGCUCUAAAGUGCGUUCACUGACUUUAGACUCAUGGGAGCCAGAAUUGCUCAAGCUGAUGUGUGAAUUGGGGAACACUGUGAUCAACCAUAUUUAUGAGGGAGCCUGUGAGGAGCUGGGAGCGAAAAAACCUGGACCAUCCAGUUCAAGACAGGAGAAAGAAGCCUGGAUCAAGUCGAAGUAUGUGGAGAAGCGCUUCCUUAAGAAGAUGAGUGGGAGCGAGGCAUUGGUAGAGGGUGAAAGAAAAUCCCGGCCCUGGACGGUGAAAAAGUGCCAGCGACACAACAGCUCUGUUCGGGCCCCCAACAAGGCCCGCAGGAAAUACCACCGCUACGAGCCGGGCAGCGCUUCACCCGCAAACCUCUCAGCAGCAGCUGCAGCAAAGUUUCGCCGGGACUCCCUGUUCUGUCCAGAUGAGCUGGACUCAUUGUUUUCCUACUUUGACACUGGCUCUGGUCCUCGCAGCCCUGCAGGUCUUAGCAGCGACAGCGGCCUAGGAGGAAGUACUGACGGCAGCACAGACAUCCUAGUUUUUGGCUCGGUGGUGGACAGUGUCACAGAAGAAGAGGAGGAGUCAGAGGAGUCCUCCAGUGGUGAGGUGGAGAUCGAACAGGAAGUGCCCUCCGACCCUGAAGACCCCAGGGAGUUACACCCCGGGGCGCUCCUCCAUAGAUCCUCCCGUUUACACAACCUGCCACUCAUGGCAGAGGCGUUGGCACACGGUGCAGACAUACAUGCUGCAAGUGAGGAGGAGGAAGGGAAGACGCCACUCAUUCAGGCUGUGAUCGGGGGCUCUCUGAUAGCAUGUGAGUUCCUGCUACAGAACGGAGCCGAUGUGAACCAGAGAGACAUGAGAGGAAGAGGCCCGCUGCACCACGCCACCUACCUGGGACACACUGGUCAAGUGUGUCUGUUCCUGAAGAGAGGAGCAUCGCAGACGGAGGUGGAUGAGCAAGGUCACGACCCCCUGAGCAUCGCUGUCCAAGCUGCCAACGCAGACAUUGUCACCCUAUUACGUCUAGCGCGGAUGAACGAAGAGAUGCGAGAGGCGGAGGCUCCCUUGGGUCAACCAGGGGUUGCCACGGGCAGCAGGAGAGUUAAAGCCAAGGAUGUUCGGGAUAGAGUGACAUCUCCUGUGUUGAUGUCUUUCGCGAGUUUUCUCUCCUCGCGUCUCUCCAGCCCGAGAAGUUGAGGAGGAGGAGCAUACAGUUCAGCCACUGCAGGAAGCCACAGUGACCACUGACCACCACGUCCUCUGACUGCUCAUCAGUCUCUUUGGAGUCAGGAGGGGGGCAACCAUAUGCCAUAAAAAAAAAGACAUUUUGAUGCUGGGGAGUUAGUGUUGCAGGCGUAAGUGAAUGGUCAAAACCCUGCAGACACUAUCAGUUAAAGCUAUUUUUUAUAACUGGUUCUCAGUUGUAAAUAUGUUUAGUCAAAGUCAAGAUAAUAGACCUUGGCCCUAUCAAAUUAAGUUCCAACAGUUCUUUGCGCAGGUGCUAUUUCAGUUGACUUGACAGCAGUUUGGUGAUGACAGUGAAUUUAUAGCAGAGUUGUUGCAGUAUCACAAAAGAUCUCCAAUCAUAUUUUGCUUUAAAGGGACACUUUAAUAAUUUUGUAUUGCACUUCCAUAAAGUUGGGUACGCAAGAGAUAUCUCGAGUACGGAUCAAGCUCCAAAAACACUGGAUCCUACAUUCACUAUAAUGUAAAACUUGCCCUUUUUACAAAGAAAACACACUAAAGGGCCACUACAAACUCCCUUCUUUAUGCCGCCUUUGCAAUUUUACACAGAACCAAACGACGGCAGUAUCAUGCUGCUCGAGUGUGUGUGCAUGCCAGCAUUGCAGAAUCAGAAGAGUUAUGAUGGGUGUCACAUGUAGCACAAUAAGAAAAACAAUAAGAUCCAAGACCUCCUCACCCUCCGAGCAGAGGAUGUGCUCGGCGCCAUUUAACAGAGAUUGCAAAUGCCAUGUUAUGCCAUAGUUAUGGUUCAUAAAGCGCUGCCGACGCAUAUAUGUUCAGCUGCUGUUCUUCUUUGAUUUAGCUGUUAUCUGCAAACAGCUACUCUUUAAAUCUCCAGCGGUCGGUCGCACACAUAACACAUAGUCAAAAUGUUCAAACGCUGCCCAUCAUCCUAUCCUGCCAGCUGUCAUCAUUCGGGCCCUGUUACUACCUCCAAUGCUGGCUUAAAGGCAAAACUCUGUCCCCCUAUUCCAACCUACCUUUCAUAUACAAUCGGGGAGGUCACAUAACAGUGCAAUAUUCCCACAGGCAGUGUAAAAGAUGCUACUGUUAGGUCCUCCCUGUCUUAAAUGCCUAUGUCUUUCAAACUUUAUAAUAAAAAAUAAAAUUAUAAUAUAAAAUAGUGAAGUGCCCCUUUAAUUUUUUGAAUAUUUUUAGUUUGUCAACUGCAAAUCUGUGAUGAAAUGUUUUUCAAACUGUUUUUAAUUGGUGGUAGAAAUGA